AUGAAGGCACUUCUGUUGUUGCUGUCAUUGGGGCUGGUAUUGCAAACUGGCCUAGCGAAUGCAAAGCGUUAUGAAGAGAUCGGUGGACGCCAUCAGGGAGACAUAGUGUUAACUGAUUCCCAGAAGGAUGCCGAAGCUAAUGGUGGAACCACGAUCGUUCAGGAUGCCUACAAGUGGGUGAAAGGAAUCGUGCCCUACACAAUAGAUCGCGUGUUUAGCACUUCUCAGGUGGAGCAAAUCCUGCUGGCAAUGGAAGAGAUUUCGAGCCGUAGCUGCGUACGGUUUGUGGAACACGCCAAACACAGGGAGUUCCUCAACAUAACCGGUAGUCCGACCGGUUGCUGGGCCACGCUCGGUAUGAACGUGCUGUCGAACCAGCUGAACCUGGAUCCGGCAGGAUGCCUGGGCACCGGUGAAAUCGUCCAUCAGCUGCUGCACGUGCUCGGACUGACGCAUCCUCAGAGUCGCCCGGAUCGUGACUUGUACGUGCUCGUGCAGCAGGAUGCGGUCGAUCCGACGCAAGCGCCAAACCUCCAGAAGUACCAACAGGGUGUGAUCGAGGACUUUGGCAUACCGUACGAUUACGAGAGCAUCCUGCACUGCCAGUCGGACGCGUUCGGGUCGCCGACAAGCGGUCGUUCUAGUGUGGUGCCACUGAACGAUGUCGAGAUCGGCCAACGGGAAGCUUUGAGCCUAAAGGAUGUACGCAAGCUGAACAAGAUGUACGAUUAUGAGUUCUGUGGAAUCUGUGUGCGUGGCCAUUGCCAAUAG